AUUUAUCAUUUACUUUUUUGACGUUUGCUUGUGAGGUUAUGCCUCUCGUACUUUUCUUCUUUACAGUUUAGUGCAGUUAUUAAGAUUUAUGCUUUUUUAAUAUAUAAGCAUUAUGCAAGACUCAAUCGAAGACUACAUACGAAUUUCUCGAAACAUUAAAGAGGGACCAACACAAGUCAGCGUUUCUAGAAAAGAGGCUUUGAUAACUGCCCAAAUUAAAAAGGAAUGUGAUGCAAAAGCAAUGCAAAUUCUUCAAUUUGCAAUAGAAGGGAAAAUGAGGUCAGAUGCUUUGUUCAGAUGUUUACCAUACAUUAAUCAGUCCCAUUAUCAAGAUAUUGUGGAGGAAAGGGCCAUAAGCAAGUUGUGUGGUUAUCCCCUGUGUUCUAGACACAUUCCAGACAUGCCAAAGAAACAAUUUUACAUUUCCACAAAAAGUAAAAAGGUUUAUGAUCUUACGGAUCGUAAGAAUUACUGCAGCAAUUUCUGUUACCGAGCUAGUAUUCACAUUAAGGGUCAGAUUGACACUAGUCCAUUGUGGCUCAGAAAACAUAACGAAAAAUCACACUUCACACUUUUAAACAAAUCUGAAAAGGGUUUACCUGGAGAAGUUGUGGAUAUAGGCGUAGUAAGACCACCGACUGAACCAAUUUUUACAUCAGUGUCGGCGUUUACACAGAUGUCCCUAGAUGAAGCAGAAGAGCUGGAGCUAAAUCCAGAAGAACAAGAAACUAAAAAACAACCAAAAAAGCCAAAAAAAUUCCAGAAAAUUACAAUGAAAACAAUAAAAGAAAAUGAAGAGGAAGUUGAACCAGAAGAAAACACUUAUCAUGAUCAUAUCAAAGCAAAUGUUAGUCCUGUAGUAAGUGAUAAGGACCUUAUUUUAAAGUCAGAGGGAAGUUGCAAUAAAGAACCACAAAUUGAACAACAAUGUUCAGUAACAGUUGAACAGAAAAAGCCACAGUAUUGGAAAUCCACAAAUAACCUUGAUGUUGAAUCACACAUUUAUAAAUGUUUCAAAGAGUGGCUUUCAUUGGAAACAUACUCUUUUAUCUAUGGAGAAGAUAAAGUGAAGGAAAAAUUGGAUUCUCAAAAGUUGAGCGACUAUUUUGAAUCCUUAAAAAUUGCAGAGUUGCAAGUGGAACAACAAAAAAGAUAUAUGGAUAUAUGCAGGAAACUGCAUUUGAAAGAACUUGCUGAUGAAAAGUUUGAUAAUGCUGUUAUUGGCAACCACAAAUUGAAUCCCAUUCCAGAUUAUCAACAAUUAAAGAAAGAUAAUAGAGAACUUGAUUUGAAAAUAAAGUCAUUUUACUCUGGAGAAUUACAUGUUCAAGAAGAUAAAAAUUUCCCCACAAAGAAAAGGGAAGAAGAAGAAGAAGAAACCAAAAAUGAUGAUGGACCACCAGCCAUAUUACCAUUGGUUGAUGUCAACGCACAAAAUGCCCUAAGGAGAAAAAUAUUUUUAACGUCACUCAACAAAACGGUCCAACUUUUAUUCCAAAGCUUGAAACUUAAUCCAAACUUGGUUCUCUCAGACCUGCAGGCUUUAGUUAAAACGUUCAAACUGAAACCUGACAAUAUUGUGUUUAAACCUCCUCUCUGGAAUUAUAUUGCAAUAAUUCUUUUGAAAAUUUUGUCCAUAAAAGACGAGUCCUUGAAGAAAUGUUUAGACACCGAAAAUUCCAAAGAGCACUUUAAUGUAUGGUUGUCAUCACUUCCUCACAAGGACCGGUUAGUCAACGAUGUUUUGAAACUCCUUGAAGACAUUGAUACGUUUGUUGAAGAUUAUAUCAUUUGUAAAUAAUUUAAUAAAUCUAUUUAUCAAGUA